AAGAGCUCCAUUUUGGGAGAAAGGACCUGAUCAGAGUGAGACAUUCCUUCAGCAGGAAGUUGUCACCAGGGUGGUACCUAUGGGUCUGCUGGUGAGAGGACAUCAGAGCCCUCAUUCUGGAGACACCACCUGAUGGCACAGACAGAGCUAGACUGUCUGCUUCCAUGGAUCCACUGCAAGCAGUCCACCUGGGUCCUCGGAAGAAAAGACCUAGGCAGCUAGGCGCCCCAGUGGCUUCCACGCCUUAUGAUAUCCGAUUUCGAGACUUGGUCCUCUUCAUUUUGGAAAAGAAGAUGGGAACAACUCGAAGAGCCUUCCUCAUGGAGCUGGCCCGAAGGAAAGGGUUCAGGGUGGAAAAUGAGCUCAGUGAUUCGGUCACCCACAUUGUGGCAGAGAACAACUCAGGGUCAGACGUCCUGGAGUGGCUCCAGCUGCAGAACAUCAAAGCCAGCUCCGAGCUCGAACUCUUGGACAUCUCCUGGCUCAUUGAAUGCAUGGGAGCCGGGAAGCCAGUGGAGAUGAUGGGGAGACAUCAGCUUGUUGUGAAAAGAAACUCUUCCCCGAGUCCUGUCCCAGGUUCCCAGAAUGUUCCAGCACCUGCUGUGCAGAAGAUCUCCCAGUAUGCUUGCCAGCGAAGAACCACAUUAAACAAUUACAACCAACUCUUCACGGAUGCCCUUGAUAUCCUGGCUGAAAAUGAUGAGCUUAGAGAGAAUGAAGGUUCUUGCCUGGCAUUCAUGCGAGCGUCCUCUGUACUGAAAUCUCUGCCAUUCCCCAUCACCAGCAUGAAAGACACAGAGGGGAUUCCUUGCCUAGGGGACAAGGUGAAGAGUAUCAUAGAGGGAAUUAUUGAAGAUGGAGAAAGUUCUGAAGCGAAGGCUGUGUUAAAUGAUGAGCGAUAUAAAUCCUUCAAACUCUUUACCUCUGUGUUUGGUGUGGGACUGAAGACAGCUGAGAAAUGGUUCAGGAUGGGUUUCAGAACCCUCAGCAAAAUACAGUCAGACAAAAGCCUGAGGUUUACACAAAUGCAGAAAGCAGGAUUCCUCUACUACGAAGACCUCGUUAGCUGUGUGAACAGGCCAGAAGCCGAGGCUGUCAGCUUGCUAGUUAAGGAGGCGGUUGUGACAUUUCUUCCAGGUGCCUUGGUCACCAUGACUGGGGGGUUCCGCAGGGGUAAGAUGACUGGACAUGACGUAGACUUUCUAAUUACCAGCCCAGAAGCCACAGAGGACCAAGAGCAGCAGCUCUUGCAUAAAGUGACAGACUUUUGGAAGCAGCAGGGGUUGCUUUUGUACUGCGACAUCUUAGAGUCAACCUUCGAAAAGUUCAAGCAGCCCAGCAGGAAGGUGGACGCUCUUGACCACUUCCAGAAAUGCUUCCUGAUUCUGAAGCUGGACCGCGGGAGAGUGCACAGCGAGAAGAGCGGCCAGCAGGAAGGAAAGGGCUGGAAGGCCAUCCGUGUAGAUCUGGUCAUGUGCCCCUAUGAUCGCCGGGCCUUCGCCCUGCUCGGAUGGACCGGCUCCAGACAGUUUGAGAGAGACUUGCGGCGCUAUGCCACACACGAGAGGAAGAUGAUGCUGGACAACCACGCUCUGUAUGACAGGACUAAGGGGAAGACUGUCACGAUUUCACCUUUGGAUGGGAAAGUGUCAAAACUACAGAAAGCCUUGAGGGUGUUUCUUGAAGCAGAAAGUGAAGAAGAGAUCUUUGCCCAUCUGGGAUUGGACUACAUUGAACCAUGGGAAAGAAAUGCCUAAGACGGAGUUGUUGACCUUUUUCUUUUCGGUUUAGACAAGCUGUGCUCUGUGUUAGUAAAAGAUGGCUUGGGAAAGUCUGGGAUUCUUUGACCUCAGAGGAUGCUGGCAGCAAGUGGAUCAUAAGUAUACUAUGCAGAGAGAAUCUUCUAAGGCAACUUUGAAGUCUUGAUAAACCAGGAUGCAGCCGUGGUUCACAUUCUCAGGCCAUCUGUCCUACUGUUGCAUAGAAUUCAUUAGUCUGUUCUUUUGUCUGUUUUGUUUGAAUAAAAAUGGUCUUGCCAUUGCAGCAUCAUCUAGAGAUGUGCAUCAAUGCCCACCUGACUCCUGUGUGUCUGAAUCUCUGUGUAUCGCCAAUAAAAAUAGGAAACAGAAGCAUG